AGUGGGUUUGCGACUAGUCGUAGUCACAGCAGCUGCCACAACUCCCACAACUCGGACGCAACUCGUCACAGCUUCCACAGCUUGGAAGUGAUAAGGUCAAGCGCUUUUCUGGGUGUCUGGUCUUUCUAAAUUAUGCUUAGUAACACAUACGCUCUCAAGUGCUUACGACUAGGACUACUACGCUGUCCCAGCGAGCAUUGCCACUAAUUCUAUCCGUUCGCCUUUUUAGUUGUUAUUGGUUUUCUGGUCUGGCUUGUUGUGUUUGUGUAGUACCUAUAUGUUCGCCGUUUACCUGCUAAAUGUGCACUCCCUUGGAUAUCUGGCACCUUCUGAAACUUUUAAGGUUUUGCAUGAAGCUCGCGCGCCUUCUCUCAGGAGAAUGGCGACGGGGCUCGGCUUGCUUUCAUAUUUCUGCUUAAGAGCACGCAGUCGCAGAAAGCAGGGACGCAAGAUCCCCCGCCGCUCUUAUAUCCUCUUCACGGGGGGAGCGAGGCGCUUCAGAGUUUGA